UUCAGUCAGUUCCUGCUCGUCGAUCGGUGUGAGUGUGGAUCUGGAGUACCGUUAGUCGGAGUCGGAGUCGUGUGCCGUUAAGAAGCUUUCGCAUCAACGAUAGCGAUAACUACGCGCGUGGGCGUUUGGCAGUGGGAACGGUGUAUUUGUCGCUGCUGGGAGAAUAAAAGAAGUUACCUUCAGGCAAAGCCUGGAUGAAGUUACAUUCAGAUACAAUUCAUUAGUCUGUUCGUAAAAUGGCAAAAGUUGCUGAAGAAAAUGAUCAUCGUGAUCUUAGUAAUUGGUCGAACGUGAAUGACACGAAUGGCACCAUUCACCUGACCAAGGAUAUGGUCUUCAACGAUGGCCACCGAUUGUCCAUCACAGUCUACAGCAUACUGUUUGUGAUCUCAACAAUUGGCAAUAGCACCGUGCUCUAUCUGCUGACCAAGCGGCGACUGCGUGGUCCCUUGCGGAUUGAUAUCAUGCUAAUGCAUCUGGCCAUUGCCGAUCUAAUGGUGACGCUGCUCCUGAUGCCAAUGGAGAUUGUGUGGGCCUGGACGGUGCAGUGGCUGUCCACGGACCUGAUGUGCCGCCUGAUGAGCUUCUUCCGCGUCUUCGGCCUGUACCUGUCCAGCUACGUGAUGGUCUGCAUAUCGCUAGACAGAUACUUUGCCAUACUGAAGCCGCUCAAGCGGUCCUACAACCGGGGACGCAUCAUGCUGGCCUGUGCCUGGCUGGGCUCUGUCGUCUGCAGCAUUCCCCAGGCCUUUCUCUUCCACCUGGAGGAGCAUCCCGCCGUUACCGGCUACUUUCAGUGCGUCAUCUUCAACUCGUUCAGGAGCGACUUCGAUGAGAAACUGUAUCAGGCGGCCUCGAUGUGCAGCAUGUACGCCUUUCCGCUGAUCAUGUUCAUCUACUGCUACGGAGCCAUCUACCUGGAGAUCUACCGGAAGAGCCAGCGCGUCCUCAAGGAUGUGAUCGCCGAACGGUUUCGGCGGUCCAACGAUGACGUACUUAGCAGGGCCAAGAAGCGCACCCUCAAGAUGACCAUCACGAUUGUGAUCGUGUUCAUCAUCUGCUGGACACCGUACUACACGAUCUCCAUGUGGUACUGGCUGGACAAGCACUCCGCGGACAAGAUCAAUCCCCUGGUCCGCAAGGCGCUGUUCAUCUUCGCCUCGACCAACUCCUGUAUGAAUCCCUUGGUCUACGGGCUCUACAACAUUCGCGGGCGAAUGAACAACAAUAACCCGUCGGUGAACAACAGACACACCUCGCUGUCCAAUCGCCUGGACUCCUCCAAUCAUCUGAUGCAAAAGCAGUUGACCAACAACUCGCUGCUCAAUGGACGUGGCCAGGUGAUGACAGCCGCGGUAUCGGCCACUACAAAAUUGGCCAAUGUGGUCGGCCUCAAAGGCACUGCCAAUUCCAAUGGCUCAGCUGCAGCCGCAGGAACAGUUUCACCCACUCCUCCUCUGACAGUAUCCAUCGCUCCGCUGGCCAGUGACGACGAGGCCAACGACGAUUCCUGCCUCAGUGCGGUCACCAUCAGGUGCCAGGAUCAAUCCCCGAUCCACCAGAAGUAAUUUCGAUGUGGCGACUCCAUCGAAAUGACCAGUGUGGUCAAGUAGACAACCAGAAAUGGAGCUCCGAGAGCAACUGGAUCAAUCAAGAGAUCUGCUACUGUUCAGCUGGAGGAGUCGGCUUGGAACAAAGGGCAUUUAAUUUGCUAACCAGCUUAGUUCGGAAUUUUCAUCAUAAAUUCUUUUCGCAUUUGCAUUUAGCUAGGGACAAAUUAAAUCGUUUUCAAGUCAACAAGCGCCAAAGCAGCGAAGAUACAAAAUUCGAUUGAAAAACGCUUUGUAUUGAACCAUCCAAUGCUUGGUAAACAAAGCUAUCGCCUAGGAAAUACGAUUCAGAUGUAAUACCGCUUACUGUUAGAUAUACUCUAGUUAGUCGGAUUAUUGCUUAAUUUAAAAUAAUUUAUUCAUAACAAAUAAUUAUAAACGAAAUCGAAUAAAUGGAUCUUGAAAAUUAUA